ACCUGGAUUCAGAUCUAUACGGUAACAUCUAGGUGAAAUGCCUAAUUGAGAAUCUUCACUCUCUAUUCUGCUUUCCAUGGCGAUAUCGAUGUUCUGUUCCCUGCUGGCUGUUUCCUACAUCGGGUCCCUGCUACCCACAGCGGUCUCCCUGCCCCGCGGGCCAACGCUCCAGCCCGGGUGCCACGUUAAUGGCCAGUUCCACCCUGAAGGUUCCUCCUACCAGCCUUCAGCUUGCAAACACUGCUUCUGCAGCCAAGGCCGGGAGGUGUGUGCCAUUGCCGAUUGCUUCUUUACACCUUGUGUCGACCCUGUUCACAAACCCGACGUGUGCUGUCCUAUAUGUCCGAAUGGUUCCAACUGUUGGGCAUUAAAACAGAUAAUUCCCGCAGGAAGAGAUGUGAAAAUUGAUGAGCACACAACGUGCCGAUGUCCAGGCCCAGGACCCCGUCAAAACCAGGCUGUGUGUACCAUCGCAAUGCAACCUGUGACAGUUCUUCCUGUCGAAAUGCCAUAGUCACCACUCCUCAAUAAAUAGAAGUAAUGUC